UCUCGGCUAUUUUUUAAAUCAAAGAGCCGAGAAGUUGCGUUCGUCGGAAGUUACUUUCAUUUCAAUUCAACACUGUUCAAGAAUGCAACAGAUGAUGGGUGACUUUGAGCUAUUAAAUGAUGUACCUGGAUCUAAAGCUAUCCUUAAAGUUGUGCUGAAAAGCCAGAUACAGUUGCUUAUAGAUCAAUUAUGCAAGUAUACAGGUGAAGAAUCAUUUAUUCUGACAGCAAAUGCUAGCGACGGAGCUCAAUCACUUUUAGGAUCAAGUACUGGGAAAGGUUUUCUGGACAACCGUAGUGAAAUUAAGACUCAAUUCUUAAGCUUUUGCCUUAAAUCUCUUCACAACACAGAGGAGAACUUCUCACAGCACGAGUUUUCACGCUCUAAAUUUAGAACCCAUCCAUAUACAAGAAAGAAAUCUCCGUCAAGGCACAAUUCUUUCGCCUAUGAAAAAAGAAGGGACUUUUGUACUGGAGAGCAAGUAGCAAAUGCUGAAACGAUACAAAUGACCAAUUCUAGUGCAACAGAUAACAGCUCAGGACUGAAUUAUCAAGCAAAUGUUUCGGAAACAGAAAUUUCAUCUGUACAAGAAAGACACCAAAGAAAAGGUCUAAAAUUCCCCCAUAAUAUUGCCAGUUUUCAACAUUCUGGCAUGAAUUUUGACAACAGUUUCUCAGAUAAUUUAUAUUCAGAUAGUUCUCAAGCUCCUGAUGACACAGAUCGUAAUCUUGAUCACAGGAAUGAUUGUGUAAUAGUUAAAACAGAACAAGAUUUAGAUGAUGUAGAAGUGCUUGGAGUUGAGUUAGCUACACAACAGUAUGGAGAUGAACAGUUUGGAGGACAGUUUAGUUCUGACAGUAAUCAGACAGCUACUAGUCAUGAUGAUACAGCUAUGAAAAGUACUUCAGAUACUGCAGGAUAUCUAGAGGCACCAAAUGCCGACAUCAAUUUUAUUGAUGGGCCGGAAUCUAAACAUUACUAUCCAUGUGGAUUCUGUGGCAGAGUAUUCCAACAUAAUUCGUGGUUAACACGGCAUAUACGCGGCCAUACUGGCGAGAAACCUUACGAGUGUCGUGUAUGCGGAAAAAGAUUUACACGAUCGGGGACAAUGAAAGUUCAUACACUUAUGCAUAACAUAAAAUGAUAUUCAGAGAUUUAUUAGAGUCUUUACAUAGAAAAUUGUGACAAUUUUAAAGCAAUGAAUAUUCAAUUUUUUGGUUGGCUAUUUGAAAACAGUUGGUACUAAUAUACGCAAAUUGCCUUUAAAGGGACUCCAAUGAGGUUUCCUUGACAGGAGACAGGAUCUUUUUGUUUGAGAUUUGUGUACCAUUUGAUGUAGGUCUUGACCAAUGACUUGUGCGCAAAUUUUAGCUCAUUGGCCCCAUUUUCCAUAAUAAUCAUUUUUCAGAUGCAAAAUGACCCAAAAUAUGAAUAACAUUUUAAUGCCUUGAGUUGUAAUUGGGGUUAGAUUUUAACAAAUUGAUUUUCAGUUCAAAUUUGAGUGUAAAUCUUUUAUUUCCUUAUUAUCUUUUGUAAAUAUUUAGUGUUUAAGUGCAGCAUUAAAUCAUUUUAUGUUUUUUAAAAUUCAAUUUGAUUUAGGAUUAGGACCUCAGUCAUGUCAGUGAAGUUCCUUUAAUGAACACUUUUGUCAAGGUUUUUCAUGCGCUAUCUGAAAAAGUUCAUGGACUGACAUUUUGUGUGUUUUUCCCUCCACAAAUACAGCUUGACAUUUGUCAUUAUUAUGAGCUUUACAGUGCAGGUAUUCAUGAGUGUGAUACAUUAUAUAUAUAUUCGUAUAUAAUAAGUCUAACAUAUAACAUUUAAAAUUACAUGUUACACUCAAACUAUUCACUGAAUAAAGUUGAUCUGAAAUUAAAGGAAUAUUGGUUUCUACAUGUUCUACAUGUAUGUUAAAUUUCAGUCAUAUUUUUUUUAUGUAUUUUUUAACUGGUAAUAAAACAUGUUGAUGAGGGAUAUCAAUGUGCAAU